AUCUUGGUCCUCAUCUCACUACAUUCUAUUCCCUGCAAACUUCUUUCCCAACUGACAUGAAUAGUCUUGAAUGGGGUAGUUGACACAUAUCACUUGCCUCUGUGAAACAAGGCCGUCAGCGACUUCUCUUCGUACAGUAUUGUUUGUCAGGCAGGUGCAUUUCUCGCCCUUAUUAAGUAGGUGCAACUCUUGUUCUCAAUGGGCAGGUGCAAUCCUUGUUCUCGUCAGGCAGGUGCACUCUAGUCCUUAUCUUACAAUGGCCGCCGCCAUCACCAGCUGGGUGCUCAAUCCAAUCCAAUCUUUGACAAUGUCUCGACCGCGUACUCGCAAGUUAUGGUGCACUUUAUCCCAUGAUCUUCAGCAAUCAUUUCCUAUGGAGUGUGUUGCAGACAAAGAUGAUAUUGACAUUCUCAAAAAGAAGAUCUGGGAUCGUUUACCAGCACGCUUUGAAUAUACUCUAACUGACUACAGUGAGCUCAAGCUCUAUAGCCCUGUUGUGCAACUCAAUCAUGAAGAAAAGUUUAGGAUUGAACAUGGUGAAUUCCUAUAUCCACGCCGAAUGAUUACAUCACUCUUCCCCGAAAGCAAGGAUCCAGAUGUGGAUAUUGUUGUUGUGAGCGGAGGUGCCACUCCACAGAAACGGAAGCGCUCGGAAUCACAAAAUGCAAAUAUACCUUGGACACUGCCCAUCGCAGAGCAUCGGUUGAUAUGCCCUCGAGAGCGUACAGUAUCACAGCUUGCGGCCAUUUUGGAUGACAUGAACAUAGUCCAUGUGCGUGGAACUCCAGCAAGUGGGAAAACACGUCUUUCUGAACUUUUGAGAGACUAUUAUCGCAAAGAGGGAAGAAAGGCAUUCUUAAUCAAGAAAUGGGAAGAACUUGAUUCCGAGGAUCCUUGGGGCAGUUUUAUUGAGCUUGUCAAGAAAAGGAAUAAGGAACUAGAAAAUGUCUCCACCACUGGUUUCACUGUGGCUUCAUUACAAUCUGAACAUGAUCUUUCUUGGAUUUUGACAUCAAACACUGUUAUUAUUGUGGAUGAGGCACAGACGACCUAUAGUGACGAUACGCUCUGGAACACAAUCUUCAAAGAGAGACUAACCCCUAAUGUUUACAAAUUUCAGCUAUGUCUUUUCUGCUCUUACGGCAGUCCGGCAGCAGGCCCAGAUCCAACAUUCUUCACUCCAGUCAAGUUUUCUGACGAACAACGCAUUUCAUUGACGCCACAAAACCAGCAAGACUCGCCACCCAUUGGUCUAUUCUAUGACAAAGAAGAGUUCAGGGAUGUUGUUUCACGAUUGCUUACAUUUCAUUAUGAAGAGACAUUCAAUUUUGAUGAAGGUGCCCUGGAGUAUAUAUUCGCAGUAACAAGUGGCCAUCCAGGAGCGGUGACAUCGGUAGUUGAUGUAAUUUAUGAGGCCUAUCGCCACGACAUCAAGCAUGAACAUGUCAAGAUCUUGACAGAAGAUCAUGUCAUCUGGUUCCUGGAGGACACUGCCACAGUCUUUAAGCUUCUAAGAACCAGGCCAGUCAAUCGCUCUUUUCCAGAUAUAUCAAGGGCUACAAAUGGAAACGUGGCCACAUUGAGCAAAAUUACAGGAGAAGGAAGUAUUCCAUUUGAUAUUAAUGAUGCAAGCAUCAAGUUCUGUUAUCAGAAUGGUUGGAUUCACAGGGUAGCUCUGGAUGAUGGUGAUGUUGCAGUUCUGCCAUCGCGCUUACAUGAAAAAUACAUUGAAUAUUGGAUUGGCAAAAUGUCAAUGCCCCUGCCUGCCAGAUUUGACUCACUACCAAAAUUAUGCAAAGAGAUUCUCCGCGAAUUCUCCAUCAUGAUCCUGAGGCAUUCAGCUGAGGGCAAAAAGAUGUCAACCGCAUCACAACCCAGACCUGUGGAAGCCCAAUACCAAGAUGAGUUUCACAGGGGAUUUGUCCAUGUAGUUGGGCCAGGCGUACCAAUAUCCAGUGAAUGGUCAAGAACCAAGGACGGUCGAGUGGAUUUCUAUAUCCCAGAAAAAAAAUGGGCGAUUGAAUUGUUGAGAGAUCACGAUAAAGUUGAUGAACACAUCUUUCGAUUCAAGGAGGGUGGAAAAUAUCAUUCCUGGCUAAAAGAGAAUAUGGUCAAGGAUUGGAUCAUAAUUGACUGUGCGACUUCUUUGCCAACCAGAGGGUUCUCUGAGCCUAGGCUAUGGCAUGCUGUAUUCAUCAAUGAUUAUUCUGGAUUGCAGUUGUAUAACCAUCAGGAAGCUCUCAUUAUGUCUGUGCAUCUACAUAUUUGAGGAUUAGCAGGGAUAAUAUGGUUAUUACACUGUUUACUUGUAUCUGUCUUUUAUUAUGGUUCUUUGUUAACUGUAACCGACCUCUCGAUUUAUCAGGCAAUCAGAUGAAUUCACCAGGUUUUCUUUGUCUUGCUCCCAUGGCUUCUUUUCUUCCCUCUCCAGGGCCGAAUUUCUCGUCUAAUGACUAUCUAGUUUAGAUUGGGAAUACUAUCUCAUUUUAGCUACUAGACCGAGCCCGUGAUAAACAGGGCAAUACUCUUAGAGCCACAGGUGAGUUGAUGACUGAGAAGGUAGACUUAUAGACUUUGUAUCUGGAAGU